CAUUAAAACUCGAAGAAGAAAGAAGACGCAGAAGAAGAAGAAAUAGAUGAAGAAGAAUAUCAACUAGAGAGAGAUCGUCGUUAAUUAGUUAGUUUUCUCUUUUCCUCCGCUGUGACUGAACUCCGGGGGGAAAUGUGCAGCUUUCAGGGUCUGAAGGUUUUCGUCCAGCAGCGGUUAACUGCGGCUGUGGAGGAGAUAUUUGGACAUGUUGAGAGGACAAUAACCGAGUAUGAAGAGGAGAUGGACCGCCGACACCGCAGGCUGCUGGACGAGGUUUCCAGACCUGGAAUUACAGCAGUGUUUGCUGCAGACAUCCAGCAGCUGUUGGAGAGUAAAGAAGAGGUUCCCCCUGAGCAGCAGCAGGAGUGGAGCUCCGGUCUGGACCAGCAGGACCCAGAAGAUCCCCCACACAUUAAAGAGGAACAGGAGGAACUCUGGACCAGUCAGGAAGGAGAGCAGCUUCAAGGGCUGGAGGAAGCUGAUAUCACCAAGUUCACCUUCACUCCUGUCCCUGUGACGAGUGAAGAUGAUGAUGAUGAUGCAGAGAAAUCUCCGUCCUCACAGCUUCAUCAAAGACAAACUGAGGAAAUGAAAACAGAAGCUGACGGAGAGGAACCAGCCAGCAACAUAUGUCCAGAAAGACAUUUACAACCGGAUAGACAUGUGAAGACCUCUCACUUUCCUGAACCCGAGACUGAAGACAGGACUUACUGUUGGGUGGAGAUCAGAGAACUUCAACCAGAUUUAAACACUCUCAACAAUAGUAUAGCACCUAUAAACGAUAUGAGGUGUAAUACUGGUAUAAAAUCGUACAGCUGCUCAGAGUGUGGUAAAAGACUCAGCCAGAAGGGGACUCUGCGGAGACACGUGAGAAAAGUUCACAGGAGAGAGAAACCGUUCACCUGCUCGGUCUGUAAUGGAAAUUUUAGUCAGGCGGUGACAUUAGAGCAACACAUGAGAAUCCAUACCGGGGAGAAACCGUUCAGCUGCUCCGUCUGCGCAAAAAAAUUCACGCAAAAGAGAAAUCUGAAAUGCCACAUGACGGUCCACACGGGGGAGAAACCGUUCAGCUGCUCCGUCUGCGCUAAAAGAUUCACGCAAAAGAGGAUUUUGAAAGGCCACAUGACGGUCCACACGGGGGAGAAACCGUUCAGCUGCGGCGUUUGUGAGAAACGCUUCACCAGACGGUCGCGAGUCAAGAAUCAUAAGUGUGUCGCUGAGAGGAGCAGCAGUCUGUAGCAAACGUUUCCAUCUAAAGAAAAAGACACCUGAGAGUCGACACAGGAGAGGAACCUUUUUUAGUACAUUUAAAAACACUGCAUACAGUUGAUUUAUAAAUACUGAUAUUAUUAUUAUAAAUGUGUUGUUGAGAGGAGCAGCAUGUUGCAGAGCAGCUUGUUGAUGCGAAUUUGGCAACUUUGUGGUAAAAGAUUAACAGAAAAGACGAAUCUUACAAAUGAGUGGAGCCAUGUCUGCAAACUGUAAAGCUUGAGUCAGGGGUAAAAUCUUUGAUAAUUUAUGCACACAAAUAUAGUAAACUAUAUCUUCAAAUUGGAAAAAUUGUCCACAGGAAUUGAUGACUCAUACUGUCAAAUUAAUAGUUUGUCUAAUUAGUCAUUUGUGUUUUAGAAUCACUUUAUUUGUGUCCGUAAAGUGCUUUAAAGUUUGUCUCAUUAUCAACAAACAGAGGAGAGUGUGGACGGACUCUUGUGCUCACAUGAGACAAUUUUUUUUUUCCCCGCUUCUUUUCGUCGUUGCCAUGGCAAUGCACGUCCAUGAAUUGGGGGGGGGGCGGAGCUUCUGAAGGAGCACGAAGGGAAGGGUGUUCACCGUUUGGGUGUUUAGUUCAAAUAUCAACAAUCUUUCUCGAGAAUGACUGAUUCUUUGUUUGAUAGCAUUCAAUUACAACA